GUGGAUGCUGCAACGAAGCAACCCAAGCCUCGGCUGCACCUUUCCACACACAGGAGGGGAUAAAAUGCAAAGCUGCUUCUCCUUGCUCCAAGAUGAAUAAAAAGCUCCAAGCCUGGAGCCACAGUUUGUUUGAUCUUAACAAGCCCUGAGCGGUGCUCCCUGGUUAAUACAUCUUUGUUUUCCACGUCCCCUGCCCUCCCCGUUUCGCUCCAGGCUGUGUUUCCCAGGGCCUGAUAUUGGGCCAUGGAAGUGCACAGCUGUAAGUACACUCCUUGUGGAGGAGAGGCCUCUGGGAAGGUACUUGGAAAGAUCACAGAAUCAUGGAAUAUGCUGAGCUGGAAGGAACCCAUCAUUGACUCCAGCUCCUGGGCCUGCACAGGACAUCCCAAAAAUCUCAGCUCAAAGUGGUGGCCAAACAAGGAGCUCUUGCAGCCUUGGGACUGUGACCAUUCCUUGGGCAGCCUGUCCAGUGCUCCACCACCCUCUGGGGGAAGAACCUUGGAAGAUCCAACUUAAAUCUCCCCUGACACAGGUCCCUGUCUUUUCCUCAAGUCCUGUCAGUGGUCACGAGAGGGAAGAGAUUGGUGUCUGGCCCUCUGCUUCCCUUUGAGAGGAUGUUGAAAACAUGGAAUCACAUAAUGGUUUGGGUUGAAAGGAACCUUAAAGAUCAUCUUGUCCCACUCCCUUGCCUCUAGAUCUGGUUGCUCCAAGCCUAACCCUGCCUGACAUGGAACACUUGCAGAGAUGGGGGGCAUCCACAAGAUUUAAUGUUCAACAGGGAUAGAAAAUAACAACAGGAAAAUUUCCCUUACCCUGCUGUAGGCUGGGUGAGCAUAAUUUAGGAGCAAAGGCUCAAAAUUACAAUUCUGAUCAUCAAAGUCAAUGACUUUGUGAAAAAAAACCACUCUGACAGUGUCCCAGGUGGAUGCCCAGCUCCCCACCCCAGCUGCUCAAGUGCAUCCUACAUAAACCACAGCAGUCCUGCAGUUAGUGGUGGGGGGAAACACAAUCCACGCUAGUAUAAAUAAAAAGAUGAACCAAUAAAAAUAAAGGCAGUUAAAAUAGGAAAGGGAAUGUUUAGCAGCUUAAAAUGCUUACAAAACAGGCUGGGGAGCAUGUGUGCUGUGACCAAACAUAUUCCCAAUGGUUGGGCGAGCUUCACCCACAGCGCUGAAGGCCAAAGCUGCAGCAGAGCCUGAGGAACAGCUGGAAGGGACUGAGAUAUGCCAGCAAGUUUCAGCUUUGGCUGCAAGGAGCCAUGGUACACCCUCUCUGCUCCCACCAUUCCAACUCUGGGGGCUCCCAGCCCUCCCACCUUGUUCCUGCAGCUUUGAGUCAGUUGAAGCAAAGUGGUUGGACAAACCCCAUGAAAUAACUGGGGAGAAAAGACCGAUACAUUAAGGGCCUAAUGCAUACAAAAGGAAAAUUACGGCAGCUCAUCUCAUUCAACCACACUUCCUUCCCCCAGAUCUGCAACCCCCACCACUGGCAGGAACUCCACCAACCUUCCCAUUUUUAUCUACCACAGCUCACCCACUCCUGGGAGGCCUGGGGAGUUCUCUGCAACAUCCAGCUUCAGCCAUCCAGGCUGGGUGAGUGUCCCAGCUCCAGCUGGCUCACUCUCAGGGUCCAUCCCCACCAUAUCCUGCAUGAGAUGCUCUGAUGCUCCUGUCCCACUGCCAGGAUUACUGUGAUGCUUUCCUGCUGCACCUGGCUGUGAUGAAACUAAGCCAGGUUUGAUGUCUUCUUUAAUAAAAGCACCAAUCCACAGAGCAAAGGAAUUUUAUCAAUUUUACAAUCCACAGGGCUUGGAAAUUUUCUGCUGGCACUGCAAUUGCUUUUCUUACUACAAAAAUAAACCCAUAACUGUAACACAGCAGCAGGUGAACAGCAUCAGGGUACUGUAAUGCCUCCAGUUGCCCUGACCAUGGCAGAGAAUUGGAACAAGAUAGUCUGUAAUUUCAACACAAACUCUUUUGGGAUUCCAUAAUAAUGCAAAAUGGUGGCUCAAUAUCAGCUUGCUUGGAAGGAAAACCUACAAAGCAAUUAAUAAAGACUCGCAUUUAUUAGCUUUAAAAAACCCCUACGGUCCUAUAUGUUUUCUAAAUGACUUUAUUUUUCUUACUGUAGUGCCCUGAAGAGGUUAAGAGAAAAUUGCCAGAAGCUCGUUCCUCUCUGCUUAGGGAAAUGCUGCUGCUGGGAGGAGUUAUUGAAGCCGGCACAAAAACAGUAAAAGGCUGCUUAAAAAAAAUUCCCCACACAGCCCUGAGCUCUGCCAGAGGACAGCGCUUGCACCUCUGUCAUGUGAGGAGGCCUGACUACCCUUGCAGAAACAUUUCAGAGCCCAACCCACAGUCUAAGAGGAGCCAGCUCCCCAUCUUCUCCACACCCAAGGGCUGCCAAUAGCUCCCAAAUUCACUAGUUUCACCCUCUCCCAGCUUUGUUUGCCCACUGAGGUCAGCGCCGGUCCCCAGCAGGGCUGUGAAAGGUGAAAAGUUCUCAUGAAGCAUGGAGGUUUGUGUGGGUCCCUUUCCUAGGUGCAGUAGGAGGGCUGCAAGACCCUGGGUAGCCCAGGGAGUCCAGUCCCAGUCCCACAAAGCAGGAUGCUGUGAGUUUGGCCAGGCUGAGUGGGGCUGGCUGAGGUUUGGGGAAACACACCCUCCCGCAGGGCACCACUUGACUUCCUCUUCCCCUGCAACUGCAAGACAGAAAUAGGAAGGAAAGAUUGCGGUACAUCACAGAGCUCCUGAUGCCCAGCUGCUUUUCCCAGCCAAACUUAAGAAGCUGAGACCAUCCUCAUCGCAGCCCAAGUACCAGGAUAGAGAUGAGGGCUAGAGUCCAGAAAAUGUAUCCUGACUACUGUCUCCAGCUGUCAGCAAUGACCUGGGUGCUACUGCUGGUGACAACAGCCUUUGCCAUGGAGUGCCCCAAGAUCAAGGUGGGCACAUGCAAGGACUGCAUUCAGUCUGGUCCAGGAUGCGCCUGGUGCAAGAAGCUGGAUUUCACCAAAGCGGGUGAGCCAGACUCCAUCCGCUGCGACACCAUUGAGCAGCUGAAGCAGAGGGGAUGCCCAGAGAGUGAGAUUGAGUUUCCAGGCAAUGAGAUCAAAAGGACACAGGACCUUCCCUUAAGCAACAAGAUACAGCUGACUCCACAGGAGGUGCACCUGAAACUGCGGAUAGGCCAGCCUGCUGUGUUUGAAGCGAAGUUUCGCCGUGCCAUGGGGUAUCCCAUUGAUCUCUACUACCUCAUGGACCUCUCCUACUCCAUGCUGGAUGACCUGGAGAAAGUGAAGAAGCUGGGAGGGGAGCUGCUCAGGGCGCUGGAGAGCACCACUCCUUAUAGGAGAAUUGGGUUUGGCUCCUUUGUGGACAAGACAGUGCUGCCGUUUGUGAACACACACCCUGAGAAGCUGCAGAACCCCUGCCCCAAUAAGGACGAGAAGUGCCAGCCUCCCUUCGCCUUUAAGCACAUCCUGUCGCUGACUGACAAUGCCAAGCAGUUUGAGAACGAAGUGGGGAAGCAGUUCAUCUCAGGGAACCUGGAUGCCCCAGAGGGGGGGCUGGAUGCCAUGAUGCAGGCAGCAGUGUGUGGGGACCUGAUCGGCUGGCGCAACGUGACCCGCCUGCUGGUGUUUGCUACUGAUGACGGCUUCCACUUUGCCGGGGAUGGCAAGCUUGCGGGCAUCCUGACCCCCAACGAUGGCAAGUGCCACUUGGAGGACAACAUGUACAAAAGGAGCAAUGAGUUUGACUACCCCUCUGUUGGCCAGCUGGUCCAGAAACUUGCCGAAAACAACAUUCAGCCCAUUUUUGCUGUCACCAGUAGGGUGGUGGAUGUUUACAAGAAACUCAGUGAGAUGAUCCCAAAGUCAGCGGUGGGAGAGCUGAAUGAGGACUCCAGCAACAUCAUUGAACUCAUCCAAGUGGCCUACAAUAACCUCUCCUCACGGAUAAUCUUGGACCAUUCCUCCUUGCUGGACACUCUGGAUGUCAAAUAUGACUCCAAAUGCAAAAAUGACAAGGACUCUGUGGAUGAAGCAAGAGGCCAGUGUGACAAUGUCAAGAUAAAUGAUGAGGUCAUCUUCAAAGUGAAGGUCACAGCCAAGGCGUGCAUUCCAAACUAUUCCUUCACCAUCAGGCCACUAGGCUUCACAGACACCCUCACUGUCCAUGUGGCCAGCAACUGUGACUGCCACUGCAAUGACCAGCCUGACCCAGCCGCUUGCAAUGGGCAAGGCAUCAUUGAAUGUGGCAUCUGCAGCUGCAACUCAAGAUACACAGGGAAGAACUGUGAGUGCGACACCAAAGGAAAGAGCAGCAAGGAGCUGGAGAGCAGCUGCCGGAGGGACAACAGCUCGGUGAUCUGCUCGGGGCAGGGGGACUGCGUGUGCGGGCAGUGCGUCUGCCACACCAGUGACACACCUGGCAAGUACAUCUACGGCACCUACUGCCAGUGCGACAACAUGAACUGCGAGUUCUUCAACGGCUCCCUCUGCGGCGGCCCAGCACGAGGGCAAUGCGACUGCGGGGCGUGCAAGUGCCUGCCUGGAUACGAGGGCAGCGCCUGCCAGUGCCAGCAGUCGACGGAGGGCUGCCUCAACACCCGCAGACACGUGUGCAGCCUCCGCGGGACCUGCCACUGCAACCGCUGCCAGUGCUGGGGAGGCUACCAGCCCCCCUUCUGCCGGGAGUGCCCAGGCUGCGCUUCACCCUGUGGCAGAUACAUCUCCUGCGUGGAGUGCAAGUUCUUCAACAGUGGUCCCUUUGAGAAGAACUGCUCCCAGGCCUGUCCCAACAUCCAGCUGCACACAAACUCAACAGAGGUGAGCAUAAAUGAUAGGAAAUGCAGAGAAAAGGAUUCGCAGAACUGCUGGAUGUCCUUCCGUAUGGUCCAGGAGGAUGGCGAGGAUAUGUACACCAUCAUCGUUGAUCCUGAUAGAGAGUGCCCACAGCCUCCCAACAUCCCACUGAUCGUGGGCAGCACCAUCGCUGGCGUGUUCCUCAUUGGCAUUCUGGUCCUGGUCGUCUGGCGGCUCUUGAUGGAGCUGCUUGACCGUCGGGAAUACCGCCGGUUUGAGAAGGAGAAGACCAAAGCCAAGUGGAAUGAUGCUGAUAAUCCCCUCUUCAAGAGUGCCACCACCACUGUCGUCAACCCCAGGUUUAAUGAAUGAGGCAAUACCUGGCAGCACUGGGAUGCACUGUUAAAAAAGGAAAUGCCAAGCUAAGGAAAGCUCAAACUAAGGAAAUCUGAAACUAAGGCUCCCACCCCUUCUUCUUUAUCCUCAUGUUUUCAUCCCUUCUUCCAAGAGCCCUCAUCGUGUCAGGUGCUGACUGAAGGACUGCACCCACACCAGUCUCCUGGCCCUGCUUUCCAGUUGUGUUGGUGGAGCUGGUAAAGGGGAACACCACAGGAAUAUGCAAUGGGUCCUGCCCCAUCUCCUGAUGCUGACUUUGCUUUCUGGCAGCAGUCUUGGACACUGACCCCGAAGCCAGAGUACAGAGUGCUUCCAGCUUUUAUUUUGAGCUGGGAUUUCAAAACUACCAUCUCUCUUCUGCUCCAGCAGGAUCUGCUUCCAGGCUGCUCCAUGCCUUCCCCUGCAGCACUGGUCUCUAGCACUAUGCAAUGUUUUCCUGAGAACUCACUGCUGAGUUGGACAUAAAGGGUCCAAGCAACUGCAGUGAUGUGAUAGGCCCUAAGGGCUAGUGAGCACCUGUACCUUGUGAUGAAGAGCAGCUGGAGGACAUGCACUGGAUCUUUUUCCCAGAUCACCAACAGCUUCCUGACAUCGCUCCCUGCUCAGACCUACCUCAGGCCAGGUUCUGCCUGGGCUUCUGCAUGCUUGCCUUGUCUCCAUCAUGCCUUGAAGUCCUCUGUGCAGUAAGGAGCCACUGUUUGAUCUAUAGAACUUGAUCUAUGAUCUAUGAUCUAUGAGCACCUGGAAAAUGCAGGUUGGAGGUCAGCCAUAGCUUCUCCCACCCCCUGGGGCAUGAUCUUUUCUCUGCAUUGCGAGCAUGUCAGUCAUACCAGGAGCCAGCUGUGCAAAACAUCUGGCAGUACCCAGAGCCUCUCCAGCUCAGC